GGAUUGUGACAGGUCAAUCAUGCCCCGAUGCCAAUGACGUUGAUCGUACAGUGUUAACACUGUAUCGCUUGGGUUAUUCGCAUUAUAGUUACUUCUACAUUUAAUGGAAUAUAAUGCUUAAUGUGAAUAAAGACGUCGCCAAGUCUUAUUUUCCGGCUUAGCCAGUGUAGGUUAGCUUUGAAUUCCACAGCCUUGCGGUUGUCGUUUAUUUUGACAGCAGCAUUUCAGGGAGGAGAGUGACGUCUGUCGUACCACGGCAACAGUGGGAGGGGGGGGGGGGCAAUUGGCCACCUUUGUCCCUACUGAGCAAACGAUGAACUGAGCAUCGUCCACUCCACCAAACCCAACGUUUGAGUGUGUGCGUGUGUGGGUGUUUGCGUGUGUCAGAGUUCCUUCAGUGGCAUGCAUGACCGUGUCUGGGGCUAUCUGUGCAAGAGUAAGAGGUCGUAGGUCACACCCACCGAGGGGCCGUUCUCUUCUUGACUGACGCGGCCGUCCGUUUCCGCUGUCACAAGGCACCAUGGGAAGGAAAAAGAUCCAGAUCCAGCGAAUCACGGAUGAGAGGAACAAGCAGGUGACGUUCACCAAGCGGAAGUUUGGCCUGAUGAAGAAGGCGUACGAGCUGAGCGUGCUGUGCGACUGCGAGAUCGCCCUCAUCAUCUUCAACCACUCCAACAAGCUGUUCCAGUACGCCAGCACCGACAUGGACAAGGUCCUGCUCAAAUACACAGAGUACAACGAGCCGCACGAGAGCCGCACCAACGCCGACAUCAUCGAGACUCUGCGGAAGAAGGGCUUCAAUGGUUGCGACAGCCCCGAGCCCGACGGGGAAGACUCCAUCGAUCAGAGUCCCUUGAACGAUGACAAGUAUCGCAAGACUACCGAAGACCUGGACAUCCUCUUCAAGCGCUACGGACAGUCGACGGCGACUGCCCCCUCAUUCUCCAUGCCCGUGACAGUCCAGGCGUCCAAUCAGAGCCCACUGCAGUUCAGUAACCCGGGUAACACCCUGGUGACCACGUCCUAUGUGACCUCCUCCACUCUCUCCGACACGCACCUCCUGUCGCCACAGCAACCGACGCUCCAAAGGAACACGGUGUCUCCGGGGUUGCCACAGCGACCGGCCAGCGCAGGAGCUCUUCUAGGAGGGGAUCCCAACAAUUCUAACGGCGGAUGUCCAAGUCCAGUCCCUAACGGAUACAACAGUGCCAGGGCCUCCCCGGGCCUCCUCACCGUCUCCAACGGCAACAGUCUGGGGAAAGUAGUUCCGGCCAAGUCCUCGCCGCCGCCCCCUAGCCCCCAGAUAGUGAAUAGCCGCAAGCCAGACCUGCGAGUCAUCACCUCACAGGGUGGGAAGAGCCUCAUGCAGAUGACAGAGGAUGAGCUGGAAUUGGUGAACGAGAACGCCCAGCGGCUAGCCGCGGGGGCCCAACUGGCCCAGACCCUCACCACGCCCGUGGUCUCCGUGGCAACGCCCAGCCUGCUGGCCCAGGGUAUGCCCUUCUCCGCCAUGCCCACCGCGUACAACACAGAAUACCAGCUGACGAGUGCUGACAUCACGGCUCUGCAUGCCCUGGCCUCACCUGGCGGUCUGCUGCCCACUAACGUGACCUGGCAACAGCAGACUGUAUCCCAGCAACAACCACAACAACAGCAGCAGCAGCAACAGCAACAGCAGCAGCAGCUGAGUCUUGCGUCACUCAGCAACCUGGUCAUGUGGGGUAUGGACAAGCAGAGCAGCGAGCUGUCCAGCCAGGUCUCGUCUCUGGCAGCAAAUCUGAGCAUUGGCUCUCCGUCCAACCUGCUGUUGGGUAGAGAUGAGUGGUUGGGCCGGCCCGUCUCCCACAUACCGCAGGGCGCCAUGCUGACCGUCAACACCGCCUCCGGGGUGAGCAUCAAGUCCGAGCCCGUCUCGCCCGGCCGCGAGCGCAGCACGCCCUGCCCUCCCCCCGCCUCCACCUCCGCCUCCUCCACCUCCAUCCUGUCGGCCCCGCCCCAGUACCCGGGCUCGCUGCUCUGCCUGGAGCCGCCCACGGGGCGCUCCCCCGCCGACAGCGUCAGCAGCAACGCCAGCUCCUACGAGGGCAGCGACCGCGACGACCCUGCCGCCGCCGCCGCCGCCGCCGCAGGGGCCGGGGCCGGGGGAGGGGGAGGCGAAGGCACGGCGGCGGGCGGCGGCGCAGGGAACGCCGGCCGGGCCCCGCCCCCCGACUUCGGCCAAUCGGCGGAGCUGCUGAGGGCGCAGAGCGAGCAGGAGCAGGAAGGGGGUAACAUCAAGCGCAUGAGGCUGGAUGCCUGGGUCACAUAGAGCAGCGGGGGGGUUGGAUUAUGAUCUGCACGCCCUUGAAGACACUUUGCACCACCCGCAAGACACACCCCUGUCUUAAGCCACACCCUCCUUCACUUAUUACCCCUCCCCCUCCCAUCACACAUUUAGCCUCUGUCCAGAAUUGUACCCACUCCGUCCUCUCCGCCACUGCCCCCCCAGACUCCCCUGUCUCUGGGCAACCGUCUCUUGGUGUGGGGCAGGAGACGUGGCAGCCCCCCCGUCGCUCCGAGGCAGGGCAUUGGAUAUAGAGUAAGGGACUGCGAAACCUGCUGACCCCAAUGCACCCACCCACCUUUCACACGUAGUCGUUUCUUUCAGUAGAACUGAAUAUUACUGUUGAAUACUUAAUUGCAAAUGUUGAGAAAUGGACUGGAAAAAAUCCCUCAUCUAGGAGCGUGGAUUAGAGUGGUUGUGGAGCGGUGUCUCAGUGGGGUGUCUUCAGCCAGCACGGUCCACGUGGUUCCCGUCACGUACUCCGCUGGGACGGUGGUGGUGGUGGUGGUGGGGGGGGGGGUCCGCAUCACGGGAAGCUCACCGAACUGCCCAGUGCCAUGUUCCCACGCACACCGUCUGUGUUCUUCCAGUUGUAUCACUUCCAAGCGCCGCUUUGGAAAAACGACUUUUAGCUCUGGCACACGUGUUUUUUAAUGGGAAGAACCAGCGCAGUGACACGCACUUAGACGAGGGAGAGGGAGGGAGGGAGGGAGAGGGAGAGAGGGAGCCGAGCAAGGCUGCAGAGUGAGAAUAGUUUGGGUUUUUUCAGUCGGCCUGCCACGAUUACCCCCCGUCUCCCAUCGGGGGGCGCUCACACACCCUCCAAGCGGCAUUUCUUGUGGUAAGCCCGCUAGCAGCCAAGGCUACGGGCGCCUCCGACGCGUCCUCACCGAGUGCCAAUAUCAACCUCCUCUCACGGAUGCCAAAUGCCUCUCGUUCCGGUGCAGAGACACUAACGAAUAUAUCGCUCGUCCACGGCCAGGACUAACGCUACUACAUAGAACCAUAGAAGAAGACUUUCUUUCUUUCUUUUUUAUCUGCCCUCCCGCUCUCCUUCUGCGCCAUAUAUUUGUUGCAGAAGACGUCCAAGUGGUCACACGGUUUGGUACCGGGUGGAGACGCCAUCCAGUUAACCGGGAAAAACAAAACAAACACGCCUAGCAUGAGAUGUUUGAGCUGAAGGGGGGCGUUCACUAGGGAAAGUAUUAGAUCCCCUCAGUCCAAGUGUACUUGUUCUGUUGGUAUUUUGAAAUCAGUUUUUUGAAGGUCUGUUAGUUGUCAAGAGGUAGGGAUUAUGACUUUGUAUAAAAAUCACUCCUUAUAUAUCCAAAAAAAGCCUUGGUGUUCUAUUUAGCUCUUAGUCCACUCUAGUUACCCUACGUCGGUGGUUUAAAAAAAGAAAAAAACUAAAAACAGAAAGGAAAAAUGUCAUUUUCUAUAUUUCUACAGCUUCAGUUUGGCAGCAUAAGUGAAUUAGCUCUUCAGCUUGGGCGACGUGUAUGUACAUAUGAAUAUAUUUGCAUAGACUUUGCUAGAUACCCCUAAAAACAAGCAAUGUGUUGAUUCUCAGUGGAUCUGUUUGCAUAUAUGAGUGUGUGAAUUGAAACUUGUUUUUGGUGCAGGGGUAACGCACCACUAGGUAGGGCUGGUGAAUUGAAUUGGUUUCAGUAACCUUUUAUAUGCUAGUGUUGAUGGUGUGUGCACUUCUCCGUCUCUCACACACAGAGGCCUUGAUUGUGGUGUCAUUAUAUUGUUGUUAUUAUUAUUCAUUAUGCCACAUGCAAAAAAAAAAAUCAAAGUCAAAAAGUAACACGAUACUUUGUUUAUAACCACCAUGAAUUUGGAUGAUCUCGAGUCACUGGCUUCUAGUAUUUCCUAAAGAGGGAGAGAGAGAGAGGAGAGAAAAAAAGCAUACUUUGUGUUGUACCUUAUUAAAUUAUAUCUGAUUAUAAUAACCAGUGAAACUAUUUUACAUGGGACUUUUCUAGAUUAUGCCUUUUCACGCAGAAGAGCAUGAGAUUGGCACAUGUGGAGCGUGUCGUAUCCGUAAAAAAGACUUGCCCACACACAUCGUUUUGACUGCAGUUAUGGACGUGGAUGUUUUGUGUAUGCGUGCGUACACACACACACACACACACACACACACACACACACACACACACACACACACACACACACACACACACACACACACA